UCCCGCCUACAGCUGGAGGGCUCCGCCUCCUCACUACCGAGCUAGAAGCUGGAGGCGCGGUGGGGCGGAGCGGCGGGUCCCGACCCCGCUGGGGUGGGGCGAAUCCCGUCCCAGCCGGUUGCCCCGGACUAGGGCAGAGGUCCAGGCCGACAGGCCUUCUGCGGCGGUGCUGCACUUCUGUGCCUUGAGGCUCGCCCUGGAAGCAGGCCUAGUGUUCUCGCCUCGCCGCUCCGCGAGGCAGGUCCCGGGUCUCGCGCGUGUCGCCUCCCCCCAGCGCCCGCCGCCUGGAGAGUCGCUGGCCUUGAUCGCUGCCUAGUGGGAUAUAUCUGCAACUUGAAGGGAAGAUAAAGGAAAAAAUCUUUGGAAUAGAUGGGAUUUUGUCACUUUCUGUGAACUAAAGCGAUUCAAUGUCUCUUUUGGAUUGUUUCUGUGCUUCACGUACACGAGUUGAAUCACUCAGACCUGAAAAGCAAUCUGAAACCAGUAUCCAUCAAUACUCGGUUGAUGAGCCAGCUAUUUCCUGGUCCCCUCCAUGUGCUACAACCAAUGAAGUGCUGUGCUCCACGGAUGCCACUCACUAUGAACUGCAUGUGGAGAUAGGAAGAGGGUUCGACAACUUGACCUCUGUUCAUCUCGCACGGCACACUCCUACAGGAACACUGGUAACUAUAAAAAUUACAAACCUGGAGACCUGCACUGACGAGCGUCUGAGAGCUUUACAGAGAGCGGUGAUUCUAUCUCACUUUUUCCAACAUCCCAAUAUUACAACUUACUGGACAGUUUUCACUGUUGGCAGCUGGCUUUGGGUUAUUUAUCCAUUCAUGGCCUACGGUUCAGCAAGUCAGCUCCUAAGGACCUACUUUCCUGAUGGAAUGAGUGAAACUUUAAUAAGAAACAUUCUCUUUGGAGCAGUACGAGGGUUGAACUAUCUGCACCAAAAUGGCUGCAUCCAUAGGAGUUUUAAAGCCAGCCAUAUCCUCAUUUCUGGUGAUGGCCUGGUGACCCUCUCUGGCCUGUCCCAUCUGCAUAGUUUGGUUAAGCACGGACAAAGGCAUAGGGCUGUGUUUGAUUUCCCACAGUUCAGCACCUCAGUGCAGCCGUGGCUGAGUCCAGAACUACUGAGACAGGAUUUACAUGGAUAUAAUGUGAAGUCUGAUAUUUACAGUGUUGGGAUCACAGCCUGUGAAUUGGCCAGCGGGCAGGUUCCUUUCCAGGACAUGCAUAGUACUCAGAUGCUACUACAGAAACUGAAAGGUCCUCCAUAUAGCCCACUGGAUGUCAGUAUUUUUCCUCAGUCAGACUCUAGAAUGAGAAAUUCCCAGUCAGGAGUAGACUCUGGGAUUGGAGAGAGCGUGCUUGUCUCCACUGGAACUCACACAGUCAAUAGUGACCGGCUCCACACGCCAUCCACAAGAACAUUCUCUCCUGCCUUUUUUAGCUUGGUGCAGCUGUGUUUGCAGCAAGAUCCUGAGAAAAGAUGAAAGAAGAAAGCCAAGACUCCAUACUCUCCCUGCUGCCACCUGCUUAUAACAGGCCAGCAGCGUCACUGCCACCAGUGUCACCGUGGAGCGAGCUGGAAUUCCAGUUUCCUGAUGACAAAGACCCAGACUGGGAAUUCUAGGGUUCCAAAUCAUUUCAUGUCCUCUAUACUUGACAGCCUCUCCUUGCUGCUUGUCUUCUGUCUUGUUAGGUACAAAUGACAAAUCUAUACUUGAAAAUACAGUUGGUGCACUGGAGAAUGAUCAGUUAAACCACUCUGUUCAUGGGGCACGAAUUGACCCUCUCUGCCCAGAUCAGAACACCCGCACGACCAACGUCAGUUAUGCCCAGCUCAGCCAGUGUUGGCUCUCCUUUCCCUUCCUUUCCUUCUCUCUUCUUUCCCACCUUCUAAACUGUGACUGGUACUUUCUGGAUCUCAGUGAGCUUUUGACCUGGUUAAUUUUCUUCUACAUUUUACUGUGCUCUGGGGAAUGAAUCCUUCUCAGGACAGUGCUUCCAGAGCAUCUUUUCUUCCAGAUUCACUAGCCUUUUUGACCAGCUGUUGUUAGAUGAACAGGCUGGUUUACUCUGGUACAAAGCCCUUUUUUGGAGAAGGGAAAAUGUUUGUACUGUCCCUUUUACCUAUGGCAACAUCAGACUGAGCCUUGCUCACAUUGAAUAAUUCACUCGAACUAUAAAGAGAAGAUGCAGUUUGCAUUUCAAAAGAGAAGGGGCUAACAUAUCACUUUUCUACCUGUGUAAAUUAUAAAUCAUUAAUUCAUGCACCCUGUGGGAGCUCAAUAAAAAUGUAUUAAAUUGAACGUUCCUUUUAUUUAUUUUGUGUGGCUUAAUAAAGCUAGUACACAGAUUUUAA